AGAAAACUAACACAAACAAUAUGCAAUUGUUUAUAUUGAUAGCGCUGAUGUGCCUGAUUAACACACUCCUGCCGGACUUCAUACGCAACUAUGUCAAAUUAUCUCGUUUUUGGAAGGGAACCACAACAAGCACACUUUUACAAGCAGAACUGGAUGCAGCACGCGAGGAGCUGAACAAUGUACACAGUGCCCAACAUGCCGGCGAAUAUGCCCGGAAAAUAAAGACAAUGCGUGCCGAGCGCAAAGUUACCGAUGCCGAGAUCAAAAUAAGAUCGACCCAACAAAUGGAAGUCCUCAAACAGUCAACCAUCGAUACGGUGGCCUACUAUGUGUCGAAGGUUCUCUUCUCGCUGGUCGUUAUCGUAGUGUGUGCCCGCCAUCGUCAGACGCCUGUGAUGAUCUUCGAUGACAGCUUUAGUCUGGCGCCGCUGACCGGCCUGCUCAGCUUUCCCACUGGUGUAUACAAUGCUAUCUCGGUGCCCGCCUGGGCAUUCUCAUGUAAUUUUACGUUUCGCCUGUUGUACGGGCUGGUAAAGAAGUGACUUGUGUGGAAUGAAUCGUAAUUUUGGAUUUUAUUGCAACUAAGUUAUCUGUUAAAUGUGCUCGAUAUAUUUUGCUUAGCUUCAUCACGGUUUUAACAACAAAAUACAUAAGACAAAUAUGUAUUUUUCACACA